AUGACUGUGAUGAUUGUUUUGUGUAAAAUUCAUAAUUGGUCGUUAUCAUCGAACAAAACAAAUCCGCUCCAUCGACUCCUGCUACUACUCUCGUAUCAGGUGGUGCAGCAAGCUGGGUUCCGGCAACCAGGAGAAAAUACGCCAGGUGCCGUCGUCGGUGGAAGCGAUGGUGGAUUCGAUGAGACGAUUUACGUUGACCGUUUGCAACACGAAGGAGCCAUCAUUCCAGGAAAGCUUUCGGUAUCUCUUGGAGUAUGUUAUGUAGCUCGGGGAGGCGCAGAUUAUACAAAAUUCGAAUAUGAAGUUCUGUGCAAUGGUUCUUAUACGUUUGUACCUGUGUCUGGUGGUAAAAUUCCACCCAAUGCUCCACCGGUGGGAGAAUCUGAAGAUGGUGAACCAUUGUUUAAUGGUGUCACUAUUUAA